GAGAGGGAAAAAGAGAAAUGUAGAUUAAAAAACUAAGUUUCACUAUUUUCACACAGGCAUGUGGUCAAGUAUUUUAAUGGGAUUUACAAAUGAAACUAAAAAUACUAAGGCCGGACAUUUCGCAGGCUUAAACUGAGAGAAUUGUAAUGUUCAGAAUCACAAGUUCAAUACAAUUACUAGCACAAAUGUAAACGUUAAUGCGAUCGAUCGCUUUGCAUAGGCCUAUGUAACAUAAUAUGAAUAUAAUAGUACACAGAGCUAUUCGUGUGAUUAUAAAGUCUGUCGGCGAAUUAUUUUCGGGAAAUUAAAUUUCUAUUAGCAGCAGUAGAAAUUAAUCAGUCUAUUUCUUAAUCUUUAAUAUUUUUCUGUCAAAAAGUUUCAUUUUCCUUGCAAUUGCUUUAUUGCAGCUAACAUUUUCCCGUGCGUCCGAUACUUUAAAAUACGUUUUUUCAUUUUUUCCAUUGUUCUUUGCGGAGGCAGAAGCCAUUUUAAAUCUUAAACGACGCGCAGACGCUCCGUGUUAAUUCAGUAAUAACGUCGGUCCCAAAAAUGUCAAUUUUCCCCUGGUGGUUUCAUAUAUUUUAUUUUGUAUUUAUCUCGAGAUUCAUUUAUCAUUAGACUUUUCCUGCACGAGGCUACUUUGCCCAACGAAAAGCGCGUGAAAUGUAUUUAUUUUAGUUUUAUCUAUUUAUUUCAUUUAUUAGGAAUAACUAAAUUAAUAGGUAGGCAUUCCCUUGCAUUAAACUUUUCCUUUUCCUAAACUUGAAUGGAUAUAUUGCUAAAUUAUCAUUUAAACAUUCACGUUCACACACUUCCUUUGAUAAGCAACGUGAUUUAUCUUUACCUACACAUUUCGUAACGUUGAGAGUACUAAUUCAUGUAUUCGGCCUUGGAGCGGAGCGCCAUAUGGCCAGCAGGAACACGAAGAACAAUUGAUCCGCCAGGUUUCUUCUCAUUAAUCAAAAAUGUACACACGCCCAAUUAUGUGUUCCGUAUGGUUUUAUUAUUUUAAUGUGCUGUAAAUAUUUCUGCUAUCUGCUAUCUCCAGCUCAACAGCGAGGUUUUUCCUGAAGUGCGUUUUGUGGGAAAAGUGAUUAAAUUCUGGCCAGAGUGGAGUCUAUGGAUCCGAGUGGGGUUUAGCAGAAUGCGCGCGCUCGCUCAGUCUAUUCACAGAAAGCCUCGCUCCCUUCCUACGCGUUUAAACACAAUAAAAGCACUUAAACGGAAGUGUAGCCCUUUUCAAAAUAAUCUGUUUUUAAAUUGUUAAUAAUAAUGACGAUGACGAUGAUAACAGAAAGGUGUGUUACUCACCAAUUAUGCUUCAGCGUAUUGGUCUCAGAAAAAAAAAUUGUAUCUUCUAAAAAAAAAAAAUGUAAGGGAAGCCGAGGAGCUUUAAGUGCUCAGAGCCUCUGCCGUCUUCGCGGCCGCAUUUGAUCUCGCGGAGAGUUAGAAGGUUUAAAUGUGUUCUCGGGGCACGGGGCUGUCAGGGGGAAGAUUGAUCGCGCGCAGGCUUGUAGACUCUUUGUUUGGUUUAUAAGCAAUAAGCCUGCCGUCCCUCUCUCGUUUAAAACAAACCAUUUAUCCUCUUAUUUAGGAUAAGAAAGAAAUACCAUAAAACGUUGCAUUCAAUGUCGUACCAGUCUAAUCGUCCAACGAAUGAUUCUCUAUUAACGACAGAAUACGAAUCAAAGUCGAAUCGAGUAGCGUUUUGCUUGACCGAGACAGCACAUGAUAUGCGCAUUAUAAAACAUUUUUGUUUUUAUUGUUUCGUUUAGAACAAUCCUCAUCUAAAAAAGGAAAGUGGGGGAUUUUAUUUGAAGCUGACUUACCACACCUGGAUAAACCAUCAGUGGGGAAAGGCGCGUGCUGCCGAAAGGUCGGGUGGUGGAAUCCUGCGCGCGCCCUGUCCUGUCUUUGUGUCUGCUGUCUGUUCAAACUAGAAACAUUAUUAAAUCAUUAUUUACAUCAUUAUUUACAUUACAUUAUUGGAAUUUGGCAGACGCUCUCAUCCAGAACGAAGUAUAGUUGAUUAGACUAAGCAGUAUUAUUUACAUCAUUAUUUACAUCGCUUUCUCAUAUUCGGUGAAAAGGGAGAAGUUGUUGAGAAGACUGUCGUGGCUCAAGCAUGUGUAUAAUUAUAUAAAACAGUAAAAUGUUAAUUUAAUACUGAACACCAUAUAUGCCCAUUUUACUGCAUAAUGGUGGUAUCUACAAUUGUCAUAAAACAACAAGAUAAGCAUAAAUAUUAUUUGUUAAAUAAAUUAUAUUCAAAUUUUAUAUAGAUAAAGAAAUGACACAAAUAAUUAUGAGAUACACAAGGCAUAUAUAGAGAGAGGAGAGAGCAGAGAGAUAUCCCAACACAACAUGUAUGUUCUUCAUAAGUGAAGGUUGUUUAAUGGUGGUGUAUGAAGUGUUUAUGUUUACAUAUGUUGUGUGUGUAUCUGUGUGGUGUGUGUGUGUGUGUGCAUGUGUAUGUAUGGGUCUGUGCAUGUGCAUGUAUGUGUGCACAUGUGUGUAUGUUUGUGUGUGUACAUGUAUGUACGUGUCUGUGCGUGUGUAUGUGUAUGUAUGUGUCUGUGAAUAUGCAUGUAUGUGUGUGUAUGUGUGUGUGCAUGUGUGUGUGUGUGUGUGUUUACGUGUGUGUGCAUGUUUGUGUGCACGUAUGUAUGCAUGUAUGUGUGUGUGUGUGUACAUGUGUGUGUGCAUGUGUGUGUGUGUGUGUUUACGUGUGUGUGUGCAUGUUUGUGUGCACGUAUGUAUGCAUGUAUGUGUGUGUGUGUGCAUGUGUGUAUGCAUGUAUGUGUGUGUGUGUGUACAUGUGUGUGUAUUAACGUGACAGAGGCUUUACACUGCCUAGUUUUCCCAGAAUCCCUGUGCGAGUGGCGUUUCCUGUCAGAACUUUCUAGAUUAAUGGGGCACUUUGUUAGUGACUGCGGGCUUUGCAUGUAGACGCUGGGCUGACUGGCGAGGCGCGAGCCGUUCCCUUGACACCCAGAAACAACACGACGCGCGGACGCGCGCUCCCGCUGCAAUGGCGAUUCACAAAAAUGUACAUCAGGGGCAGCAGGAAGGGCUGUCGGGGACGAACUGGCCGGAACGUGUAAAUAAAAACAGUCCUUCCGCCCAGAACGAGGCGUUCCUUACAGACUUUUUGGAUCAAUCACGCGGACAGUGGCUUCUUUUGAUUAAACCCCAAAUUGUCAUUGGGCAGAAGUAAUCAUGUGACAGGCAAUUCGGUCCAAUUUCAACCUUGUCUCCACGAAUUCAAUAGUUUAAUAGUAGCGCGGUCCCCAUACGGCCGUAAUCAGUGAAUUAGAAAAAAAAAUAUUAGCCACAAUUUUAUUUUAUUUAUAAAUAAAAAUAAUCUGGGACAGUGCAUUGUAAUAAGAGCGAACUUUCCAACGCUCCGAGGGAGAGGCGAUGAAUUACGAAUUCGAGCGCGAGAGCGGUUUUAUCAAUAGCCAGCCGUCGCUCGCAGAGUGCCUGACGUCUCUUCCCCCCGUCGCCGAUUCAUUUCAAAGUUCAUCAAUCAAGCGCUCGACGCUUUCACACCCGACUCAGCUCCCUCCGCCCUUCGAGCAGGCGAUCCCCAUCCUCCGCCCGGGCAGCCACCCGCGGCACGGCCGGCCCAAGCAGAACCCAAAUGGCUGCAGCCCUCUCUCCACCGCGGCUCUGCCGCCGGAGUACCCCUGGAUGAAGGAGAAGAAGGCUGCCAAGAAAAAUCACCUGCCCACCUCCACGACCACAGCCUCCGCCAGCGGAACUGCCUGCUUCUCCCCGGAAGGCUCGCCCGAGAUUCCGGACCGCGACGUCGCGGGAUCGCGCAGGCUGAGGACUGCUUACACCAACACCCAGCUCCUGGAGCUGGAGAAGGAGUUUCACUUCAACAAGUAUCUGUGCCGCCCCCGGAGGGUGGAGAUCGCAGCGCUGCUGGAUCUGACCGAGAGGCAAGUCAAAGUGUGGUUCCAGAACCGGCGGAUGAAACACAAGAGACAGACCCAAUGCAAGGAUCACCCCGGCGGCGAGGGGACGGCGCCGAGCGGGGAGGACGAAGGGCAGAGCGAGGAGGAGUCUGGUCCUCUCUUCGAGCGAACCCGAAACAAUGCGACCGGGGCCCCGUUGGAGAGCGACGGGUACUCCUUUCAGCAGCGCGCCCUGGCCUCACACCGGCCACAGAAUGUGCACAAUGGAGCCGCUCGCCGCUGUACUGUCCCACCUCUCAACAGCAAUGACAACAAUCUCAAACAUUUCCUCAGCCCGCCGCCCACUGCUCCGGCCCGCACGCCAACAAUGGGCCCAUCUCCCCUGGACAAUGGCGCUCCCCCUGCCCUGGACGGUCCCACCGUGCAGGACUUCUCUGUGUUCUCGGCGGAUUCCUGCCUGCAUCUCUCAGAUACCGCCUCUCCCAGCCUGUCGGGGUCGCUGGACAGCCCGGCCGACAUCUCUACGGACGGCUACUACUUCUUCUCGGACUCGCUCACAACAAUCGAGCUGCAGCAUUUAAACUAUUGAAAACCGCUCAGCGUCUGCUCUUCUUUUCCCACAAAGGUUUCUUUUUUUUCUUUUUUUUUCUUUAUACGAAAUGAUCAGACCAUUGUGUUUAUGGCUACAUUAUAGAUAAUUAAUAAAAUGAGGUAAGACAACACGCUUUGAUCCAUUUUAGUUUGAUAUUUGAGCGAGACAAAUUUUAAUAGAUUAUUAUCAAAAGGCAAUAUACUGGCUGUGUAAACACAAUUAUAGAACAAUCCUUAUGUCUUUAUUUUUGUAUGGCUUUCAGGUACCAUGUCAUGAAUAUUUUUGUUAGAAUAAAGCUGACUUGAUACCAGUA